AUCCCCGAGCUGUCAAAAAACUCAAAAACUGCUUUUGCUGACUGCAUCAGAAUUUUUUGAUUGUGCAGAGGAAAAGAAAGCAAUCCAAGUGUUUCGGAACGUUAUCGGUGGUGUCGGUGUGGCAAACGAGAGGAACCAUCUUCCGCGGAACCCGAUAAGAGUCGUCGUCAUCGCCCGUGGCACCAAGUUUGAGGGGGUUUGAUUCCUCGACGCGAGAGAGAGAGCGAUUGCAAUCGGAUUUCGACAAGGUCGGUCGGAAGAGGAAAAAAAAGACAGGUCGGGGGAAGAGGGCGGAUUCGGUGAAGAAGAGCAGUACAGGAACCAUGAUGGAGAACAACGGAAUCGGGGACGACGAACAGCAGCAGCAGCAACAGCUCGGCCAGGGGGGCCAACCUCCGCUGUUUGACAAUGUGGACAUUACCUCGCCGGAUGACGAGAACGAUAUCUUCGAAUCGGCCAUCCAGGAACCGCUUUCGCCCGUCAUGGAGGACGUUCCGACCGACGAGGCCGGCGACGCGUUCAUCGAGAUUUCCGUGUCCGACCCGCAGAAGGUCGGCGACGGGAUGGGCUCGUAUUUGGCUUACAAAGUUUCAACCAAGACCAACAUUUUAAAGUUCAAGAAGCGCCAGUUCUUCACGAUGCGACGCUUCAGCGAUUUCCUCGGACUGCACGAUCUGCUCGUGAGCAAGUACCUGCGACUGGGCCGGAUCGUUCCGCCGGCGCCGGAGAAGAACAUCAUCGGUACGACCAAGGUGAAGAUGGGCAGCCAACCGGCGAGCGAUCCGGGAACCGGCGUCAACCUGGAGUGGGUGGAGAAUCGGCGUGCCUCGCUGGAGCGCUUUUUGAACCGGGUCGCGCAGCAUCCGUUCCUCUGCCAGGACGGGGACUUUGUCAACUUUCUCGAAAGUGACCAGGAGCUGCCGAGGGCGGUCAACACGGCCGCACUGAGCGGUGCCGGAGUGAUGAGACUGUUCAACAAGAUGGGCGAAACGGUGAACAAAAUUACGUACAAGAUGGACGAAACCGAUCCGUGGUUCAACGACAAGAUCACCGAGGUGGAGACGAUCGACGCGCACAUGCAGAAGCUGCACUCCGCGAUCAAGGCACUGGUCACGCACCGGCGCGAACUGGCCACCCUCACCGGUGGCGUCGCGAAAUCGGCCGCCCUGUUGAGCACGUGCGAGGAACACACCGGCCUCUCGCAGGCGCUGUCCCAGCUCGCAGACGUGGAGGAAAAGGUCGAGCUGCUGCGCUCCGAGCAGGCCAACUCCGACCUGUACAUUCUGUCCGAAACCAUCAAGGACUACAUCGGGUUGUUUGGGGCGAUCAAGGACGUGUUUCACGAGCGCGUCAAGGUGUUCCAGAACUGGCAGCACGCCCAGAUGCAGCUGACGAAAAAGCGCGAAAACAAGGCAAAACUGGAGCUGCAGGAGCGACGGGACAAGCUGGACUUUGCCCAGAAGGAGGUGGAAGAGUGGGAGGCCAAGGUGCAGCGCUGCCAGAAGGAGUUUGACAACAUUAGCGCCGAGAUCAAGAAGGAGAUGGAGCGCUUCGAGCUGACGCGCGCCCGCGACUUCAAAUCGACCAUCAUCAAGUACCUGGAGGACCAGAUGGCGCACCAGCAGCAGCAAAUGAAGUACUGGGAAGCGAUCGUGCCCGUCGCCAAAGAGAUUGCAUGAGACGAACUGACGGCGACGAUGAAAAACACCACGUGCGAUGAUGACGACGACGACGAUAAUGAGGACGGCGGCGAUCACGAGAACAAUAGCAGAAAGCUAGCAAACACGCUGCGCCUCUCGAUCAAUCUCGCCGACGCCAACGCUAGAAUUUCAUAGAUUUCCCCUCCCAGUCCUCUUCACACACUCAAAACACUCAUUGAUUCUUCUUUAGCGUCAUUUAGUUUUCCAACGACAUCGUCAUCAUCGUCAUUGAUAGAAAGUUAGGACGCGUUUUCUUCUAUUGUUUUCCGUAAGCUAACAGCAACAGAUAGAAGAGAGAGAGAGCUCAUUUUGAGGAUUUAUUUUUCGCGAAAAGCACACGAAAAGACCAAUGAAAAGAUUGAAUUUUUCUACCGCCCCCUCUCCCUCAAUUGUGUGACAGUGUUGUGUAAAUAUUCGGCUCGGUUUUCUCGCAGCAGUCGGUAGGACCUAUCGGACCUAUCGAGCACUCGUAGAGAGAGAAUCUAUAGUGAAACUGUGUACAUAAUAAGUGGUAGAAGUGAGAGAGCCCCUCAAUCCAGCACGAAAUUAGACUAGCUAGACUAGAUAAGAGCAUGAAACAUUAACACACAGAAACAGAACAUUAAUCAAAGUACUUUUGUCCAGUGUGUCCCUCCUCGAAUGAUCACGCGAGCGUGAAACUGUGCAUGAACGAAAGCCGUAGAAUGAUAGGAAAUUGUGUAAUUUGUUAAGCGACGAGCGCUGCGGGUUCCUUUUUUGGUCAAAAGUUAUUAAAUUUUUCACAAAGUGAGUAGAAAUUUGCUUGAAAUUAUAAAUAAUACGCAUGUAAUGAAGUAUUAUAAAAACACAACACAUUAUGAAAAGAGAGAAUGAUCUUUAUUUUGAGCUUUGAGAGAGAAAUUUUACGUGUAAUCCCCCUCACUUUUAUAGAAAUGUAAACCAAAACGAGCGUAAUCAAUAAUCCAUGUUGUAGGAAUAUUUAAAACAAGUCAGCGGGAUCACACGAGUGCGGUCACAUUUUACUCGUUUUUUCUAUACAAAACACACUAAAAAAAUAGAACAACAAAAAAACUGCUUGCAUUUAUGAUCUCGAUCUGCUUCCGUUCUUGAGCGUUCCUGCUGUUUAUUCCACGUUUGCGUCCAAAGUCGAACAAUCACACUCUAAAAAAAAAUCACUUAACGCGUUGAUUGAAUUAAAAGAAAAAAUAUCAAUAAAAAGAACACUAAACUGUGCAUUCCAGUUGUUACUCAUUUAUUUAUGGAUCUGAGGCAACACACGCAUCAUAACAAUGUCAGCAGCAGCGAUGAGAUUGGCUGUUUUCUUUCCUUUGCAAUUGGGACUUGCCCAGAAAGUUGGAAUGAUUAGUUUUGCCGCUUUGCUCCUACAAUCAAUCAGUAGUGCUGUUAUCAUUUUGCUAAGAAGAUAAUAAAUUUAUUACAUAAAACGGCCGUUUUCAGAACCAUGUUUAUUUGUAUGUGCUAUGUAAACUAGCGUGAUACUUGGUAAUUGUCUAUAUUUCAUACAUAAACAAAGGAACAAAAAAAAAAUGAAACAAAGGAUAAAUUAUUGUUAACUAUUUCUCUUUGAAAAAGUAUAUAUAUCUGAGAGCUAUUAAUAAAGUUUAAGUACUCCGAA